CAAAUUCAAUUCAAAUUUGGAUCAGAGUUCAUAGCGUCAAAAACAAAUCUUCAUAUAGUCAACUUGACAGAUAUCCGAUUAUAGACGUGGCAAACGGUGAUUAAUUAAAAUCACCGUGACAACCAUAAUCAUUAAACUAAUAUCACAUUAUUUCUACUAACAUUAUAAAAAGUGUUGUCGUGUCAUUCGUGCCAACCAUCAAUCAAAAACUUUGCUACAACAAUUUUUUGCUACAAUUUUAAAACACAAAAAACAACACCUGCAUUUACAUCUAGAUCCCAAUACUUUAGUUAGAUGCAUAAUUUAUUUAUUUUUAUGCAUCUACAACAUUAGAUUAGUAAUCAAAUAUUCACAUCAAAUAAAACCUAUAGUUUUAUUCCUCACAUAAAACAUUUUGAAAUAUUGAAACUAUGGAAGAAGAAAGAGAGACUAGUUUUUUAUCAAUGGGCAAAGAAAAUUCUGGAUUAUAUCAAGAUGGAACAGAAUUGAGAAGAUUUAGAGCAUAUCUAAGAUGGGUAUACGUGGACCAAUCAAAUUUAAGCAAAGCUGGAAUAUCAUGGUCUGUGUUUUUUACAUUGGCUUACGUUGUACCAAUUCUAUCACACUUUCUUCUUGAUUGUUCAACAACGUGUGAUGCUGAUCAUGGUAGACCGUACCAUAUUCCUGUUCAGAUUUCUUUAUCUGUUAUUGCUACUUUGUCUUUUAUUAGUCUCUCUCAAUGGGAUCGUAAAUAUGGUUUUAGUAGGUUUCUUUUUCUUGAUAAACUUACUGAUGAAAGUCUCAAGAUUCAACGUGGUUAUGCUCAUCAAAUGAAGAGAACAAUGAAGCUCAUCUUGCUUUGGGGACUUCCCUGUUUCAUAGCUGAAUGUGUCUACAAGAUAUGGUGGUAUGUCUCAGGAUCAUCCCAAAUACCAUAUUAUGGUAAUAUAUAUGUGAGCAGCAUCAUUAUGUGCACAUUAGAGCUAUGUUCUUGGCUUUAUAGAACCUCAAUUUUCUUCUUAGUAUGUGUCCUCUUUCGACUCAUUGGCUACCUUCAAAUACAAAGACUGGAUGAAUUUGCUCCUGUUUUUCAAAGAGAGACUGAGGUAGGCUCAAUCUUGUUGGAGCAUCUGAAAAUAAGAAGAAAUCUACGCAUCAUUAGCCAUCGUUUUCGAGCUUUCAUUUUGUCUUCUCUCCUUUUGGUGACAGCAAGCCAGCUCAUUUUUCUUCUUAUGGUUAUAAAACCACAUGCCGAUGUUGAUGUCCUCAGGGGUGGAGAGCUCGGGUUAGUCUCCAUCACUCUUGUUAGUGGACUAUACAUACUCUUACGAAGUGCGACGAAGAUCACACAUAAAGCACAAUCUAUCACAGGACUUGCUGCUAAGUGGCAUAUAUGUGCCACGGUAAACUCCUUUGACAACAUUGAUGGUGAGACACCUGUGGCACAUGAAGCUUCAGCACAAGCUAUGGCUGCCAAUAUUAGUUGGGGAACGUCGUCGGACGAUGAACUAGGAGAUGAAGAGGAUGAAUUGAAUAACACCAAAAUGCUUCCAAUUUACACACGUACUAUCUCUUUCCAUAAGAGACAGGCUUUAGUGACAUAUAUGGAGAACAAUAGAGCAGGAAUCACAGUUUAUGGAUUCAUGCUUGACAGAACUUGGCUUCACUCCAUUUUUGGUAUUCAAUUGGCUCUUUGCCUUUGGCUACUUAACAAGACCGUCGGUAUCUAGAGACAGAAACGAACUGCAAUGGUCCUCUCCUCCUAGUCCUACCUUGUGCAAUGUGCAGUACAUAUUUUGAAUUUCCAUCUUUUCGUUGAAUCUCAUAGCUCUGGUUAUGACAUUCAAAAUGUAAAUGAUGUGCAUUUGAUGUGCAUAGUUUUGAGACAGUUGUAAAUGUGUCCAUGUCUCCUACUCGGCGAGGAAUAUCUUCAUAUCAGAUGACAGUAUGAGUAUGACACACAAGACAAGCAUGUUGAAGUGAAGAGCUGCCAAUAAGCGUUUGCUGCUACAUAUACACGGCUGAAACCUCGCUGAAAAUAAGAAGUUUAUGAUCUUGUCAGUCUAGUGCUUUUCAAAUGUUUUAUACUAUAAAUUAAGUAUCCUUGCAUUUGUAUGCAUGUUUGUGAGCAAAUUGUAAUGGUAAAUAUAAAUGUUUUUCAUUUAAAAUUUAUAUAUCUUUCAGCAUAAAAUAUUCUUAAAGAAUUUGACAGCUUCCUCUUCCAAAA